UUCCCGGAGACUCCCGAUGGGCCUCCAAGCGGCUGGGCAGCUUUCAGCCACGGAGCCGCCGGGCGGAGGGACGGCAUGGCGCGGCGGUGCAGCCGGGGGCUCCUGCGGGCUCUCCUGCUGCUCCUGGCGGCGUCGGCGGCGCCUCGAGCCCGGGCGCAGUACGAGAAGUACAGCUUCCGCGGGUUCCCCGAAGCCGAGCUGAUGCCCCUGCAGAGCGCCUACUCUUACGCGCUGGAGCAGUACGAGGGCGAGAACUGGAAGGAGAGCAGCCGCUACCUGGAGGCCAGCCUGCGCCUCCACCGCCUGCUCCGGGACAGCGAGGCGCACUGCCACAAGGAAUGCGCCCAGAGCGAGGAGAAGGCAGGCGGAGGAGGAGAGAGCGCCAAGCGCGGUGGCGGCGAGGUCGGCGAGCCUGCAGGGGGCGCCCCGGAGGAAUGGCUGCGCGAGAUGGAGCUCUUCGGGCUGGUGCUGCGGCGCGCCUCUUGCCUGAGGCGGUGCAAGCGCGACUUGCCCGUUUUUCAGCUCAGCUAUCCGCCCGUCGAGACCUUGCGGGAUUUCCAGCGCCGUCUCCCUUAUCAAUACCUGCACUAUGCCCUCUUCAAGGCAAAUAAGAUUGAGAAAGCCGUGUCAGCUGCUCACACUUUCCUGCAGAAGAAUCCCAAGCAUGAGAUGACCCAGAAGUACCUGAAUUAUUACAAGACGAUGGUGGACGUAGAGGAGUACCUUGUAGACUUGGAAGCACAGCCCUAUGAGACCGUUUUUGUCCGAGCAGUGAAACUCUACAACAGUGGCGAUUUCCGGAGCAGCAUCGCUGACAUGGAGCAUGCACUGUCUGACUAUUACAAGGCCUAUGACAAUUGCUUAGCAGGCUGCGAAGGCAGCUAUGAGCUCCGUGAAUUUAAGGACUUCUAUCCGGCCAUUGCAGAUCAUUUUCUUGAUGUCCUCCAGUGCAAGGUGGAUUGUGAGGCUGAACUGACACCAAACGUGGGCGGCUACUUUGUGGAGAAGUUUGUGGCCACCAUGUACCACUAUCUUCAGUUUGCAUAUUACAAAUUGAAUGAUAUCAAGAACGCAGUACGGAGUGUCGCCAGCUACAUGCUCUUUGAUCCGGGAGAUGAGGUCAUGCAGCAGAACCUGGCCUAUUACCGUUUCCAUCGGGAGCGCUGGCAUUUGGAAGAGAACGAUUUCAAUCCACGGCCGGAGGCGUUACACUACCACAAUCAGACAUCCACACAGAGGAAGCUCUUGGAGUUUGCCCGACUCUACCUCCAACCAGAUGAUGAGGGAGAGGUAGGGGAUGGUGAGGAAGCAACAGAGCCGAAAUAUCCAUCAGACGCUGAAUUUGAGGAGAUCGGGGACUAUGAAGAAGGAUUCCUUUCCCAGUGGUGGCAGGAGCCGAGAACCAAAGGCGAUAAAGCUGAUCAAGCUCCCGGUAGGCACCACAAGAGCUGAAAACAGGAAAUGAGAGCUGGCCUGGCUUCUUGUGCAAGCCUGGAAGGUGUUCUCAGUUCAGCGUACACAGCUGUGCCGCCCUCCACCCAACACCCUCUUCACGCUGCCAGCCCUGAAGCUUUUUUAGUGGCAUGGUUUUUGUGCAUGUUGCAUGGAUCCUGGAGGAGGGCAGCCAAUGAGCAUGUGGAGCCCGGCAUUGACUUCCUGACCAGCAUGAGCAGUAUAUCUGGGGACAGCGACCCAUCCCCUGUCUCAACAUAAAGUGAGGAGACAAUUUAUUUUAACACAUUGUUCUUUGUUCACAGAGAGACUCGAAUGAGUGGUACAAUUCCUUCUGCAGGCAAGGGGGCAGCUUAAUUCCUUGUACCCAGCACAGCUGAACCGGGCUAUCUGACACCACAGGAAAUGUGCUCCGGAUGGGUAUUCCAACACAUUUUGUGCCUUGAGAACACUGCCCUCCUGCUAUUUUGGUUUUUUUUUUUUAAAGAGUUUCACUGUUAAAUGGCUCAGCAAAGCUGGGACAGUUCCACCAUCAACGUCGUUCCUGUAGAACUUUUAAUUCUGACCCAGAGUGGAUCAGCUGAGCAUGGGUACCUCUGAGCCAUCCAAAGCUCCUUUUUUUUCUUUUCCUUUUUGUCCCAUGGUGCUUCACUUCUAAAAAAAGUACUGUGAGGUUUGGAAGUAAAACCUCCGUGCACAGGUACAGGGGGGCAGAGGAGAGCCUAGUACAGCAUAUCUACUUCUGGUUUUACCCUGAUUUUUCUUCUUGCUAACCUCAAAUACAUUGGAAACUAGGGACCUUGACUGCCCACACAAGCAUGUGUUUGUGUAUGCAUAAACACGUACACAAAUGGUAGUCACUAGGGUGAACAAUUUCCCAGUGCUACUGGUUCCCUGCAAGACCAAAGGUCAGCCAUUGACCCUUUCCUCCAGGAGAACAAGGGGGUGGAAGUCAGGAAUGGUGGAUCUCCUUUGCUUUUUACUAGAAAUGACCUCAAGAUCCGCUUGACCAGGACCAUGUGCAAUGUGGCGGAACCAAAGUUGGGUUUCUGUACAGGAUUGAUGGCCACGGUCCAUGUGUUCAGCCCAAGAAUUUGCAUUUCACACCAGAACUGAUCCCAGUUCUUUCAUACAUAAAACUUCUCUGUCCCGUAUUCAGCUUUCUUUACUUUAGCAGUCUAACUUGGGAGUGGGAAAUUUGAGGACCUGCUGGCUUUUUUUUAACAACUGGGAACUAAAAACUUUUGCCGAUGUGUUUGAAAUGAUCUUCAGUUCCCCUGCAGAUCCUGAGCUACUUUCUACCUCCCUUCCUACUUACCCCCAUGUCCUAGAGCUUUGCCUGUUAAAGAACCAAACCCCUAGCAUGGAUGGUUCUGACCGGAAUUGACAUUUCACAUUGUGCACCAGAACCAGCAAUUGGAAAAGUUAUUUUGGGGUGGGGAGCUACGGGUGCCAGGUGGAAAAUUCUGCCAGUUGUAGCACUUAAAAGUAAUGUUUUAAAAUUUUAGCUAAAAAUUUCAGUAGUCGUGGGUAACUUUGGACCUCAUUCUUGAACAGACCAAUAGGUACCUUCAGAUUGGCCUGCCAUGUGCCUUUUUUCAUCUUCACAGAGCUGCCUUUGUACUAGUGUUUUCAGAUAAUUUAAUUUUUCAGCUUUGUACAGAGUUUAAAAUGUUUUUUAAAGUUUAAUUUUAAUAAAAUA